AUGUCGCAGACUGCGACAGCUUAUUGCGGAGUGCCCCGCCCUUCCUCCCCCCGGCACAAGAAGUUUCCUCACUGGAAUGCAGAUGGAAGCACGGCGUUUCCCUGCGCAGCCGCAGGACACGACUUGCCGCACGUGGAGCUUCCGGCCGCACCCGGUUUCUCUUCCUUUCCGUCGGCUCUGCCGCCCUCGCCGCCUGGCGCCCAGGCUUCGUUCUGUUCUUUCCAGUCGACCAGCACAACUGAGUGCAACCCUGGAACUACCGGCGCGUCCCGAGCCUCUCUCGAGUACGUGUUGCCGCUGUCGUCUCACUCGUCUCUCAUUCUUCCGUCGGGCGUGCUCGCGGCUGCCGGCUCUGGUCGUCCCCUCGUGACUUCGCUGUCGGCUCUGAAUCGAACUGCGCCUGUUCUUCUUCACGCGUAUGGAGAGCGCGAAGAGGAAAGCCCGAGGAUCGAGGAGAUCCCGUCGGAGGAGACAGAGCCGGAGGAAGCCGGGAAACUUGAGAAAAGAACCGAGGGCGAGGGGGUCGGCGCACACGGGUGCAUGCGGGAGAACGUUGCGUCGUUGCGAGGGAGUAGACAGGCAGGCGGAGGCACGCGCACUCGCGACAGAGAGAGCUGCAGCCCCGAGGGGAUGGAGUCAGAGGACGCCCACAGCGCGGCGGGCGGGGAGCAAGAAAAAGAAGAGUGGCAGCGAGGCGCCGAACGGCGGUCCGGGACGCAGUCCUCGUUGUCGCUCCUCUCUCGUGCCUCGUCCUCUUCGUUGUCCCCACGGAAGCUGAGGAGCCAGCUAGUUCCGGCUUCCGCGUCUUCGCUUUCUGCCCACAGAAGACAGGCCCCGUGGACAGCAGUUCGACAAGCCUAUCCGAACGUGCGCGUUGACCCCGGAAAGCACGCCGCUUCGACUGGCUCUUCUUCCUCUCUGCCCCAAGGGACGUCGCCGCCCCGGACGCCUCGAGCCCUGUUGAACUUUUUGCGGCAAACGAGCGCGCCCCUGGCGGCGGGAUUUCCACCGCCAAAGACGGACAGAGUCGCCUCUCGCCGGCGCAUCGGCACACGCCUCACCUCGCGUCUUCUCUCGCCUGCCGAGGUGUCUAGAAAGCUUCUCGAACAGUUCCCCGGCCCGCCGCCUGUGGCAGUGCCUGGCGAGCCGGACUGUCGCGGGCGAAGCGACGAGACCGGGAAGAAACCGAACAAGGUGGACGUCACCGGCCUUUGGGAGAAGUCGCCGACCCAACCUUUUCUCUCCCUGUCGAAAGGAGACAGCGAGAAACCGUUGCCGAAGAGGCACACCACCUUGUCGCUUGCGAGCACGCGGGCGACGCGGCUCUCUUCUUCUUCCUCACGGCUGCUGUCCCGCUUCACGCUGGCUUCUCUCUCGACUCGAAGGCACGAAACAGAGAAGCGACGCACUGUUUCAGGCACCCUCCCGCCAGUCCGCAGUCAGUCCGACCCUCAGGCUGCGUCCGCAGCUGGACAGCUUCCGUCUGCCUCCGAGCCCAGAGAGCCCAGCGCGGCGUACACCUACUCGCCAGCCUUCUCGCGUCUCUUGUCGCGCGCACCUUCUCUAAAGCGCCGCUCGUCCUUUCCUCGCAGCGCAGCGGCCGCGGAGUCUCCGGCCGCCGGACAGCGGCCUUCCAACGAGAGGGAGAGGCGAACGCUUCCCGUCCUCUCAAAGCGGAGUGUGUCUGCUGCUUCGCGGCUCUCGGGGGCUCGCCGUGGCUUCGAGGCCACGAAGAAGCGCGAACAGAAGAAAGACGACGGCCCACUGGCGGGGCUCUGGCGGCUCCUCUCCUUUGCCAGUGAGAACGGAGGGCGUGAUGUCUCCGGAGCGGACGCACCGGACAGGGAAACAGACACUGACGAAGAGGCAGUCGAUGCGUGGGGCGUCGCGCUGGAACGCGUCAACGCUGGCGAGCUGCGCAGGUCGCGCCCCGCGCCACCAGCCCGAGCCCUCAAAUCUCGCCCUUCUCUAAAAGACAGAGAGGCCCGCGGAGCGGCGAAUCGACCCAGCCAGGCUUUCACAGGAGCAGCGGUCUCCGCGAGGACUCUCGACGGCAUCCACGCGAAACAGAGCAACGACGGGGAACUCACGCGAGCUCGCAGCGCGCCUCCCGUGCAGCAGGCUGCCUCCACUGGAGACGUUGCCAGGUUUCCGGGACGUGCUGGCGAGCAAGAAAGAACACAGAGCUUGCCUACCGUUAAAGAAGACUCGUCCCCGGAGGCGAGUCUGCCGCAUGCAGGCGGAGACCCCCGCACUGCGCGCCAGUCUCUAUCUGUCAGCGAAGACGAGCGGUGUCUCCACUCGACCUGUUCCUCUCUCCCGCGAGCGACCGGAGUCCCGCCUCUCCUGCUGUCCAUCGAAAGGCUGUCGCCUGCCUUCUCACCGCCGCGCUCUGAACCUGCCGGCGGGGCGUCUCUCGGCCUCGAGGCGGUGCACGCGCAACUUGGCGAGGAGACAGAAGAGAACAGGGCCCAGGAGACUCGCCCCGGCAGCGCGGCCUUCUCGGCACAGCGGCGGGGCGUCGAGCUGUCGCCGCCGCACGCCGCACUGCCCCAGACAGGCCUGAAAAUGGACCGUGGACUUUCCGCAUUGUCGCGGUCUAGAGAGAGUCUGCUGUCUCUGGAAGAGGAAAGCAGGAUGAGCGACGACGGGGUGUCCGCCGCUCCUGCGAGGCUGUCUCCGCGCGAAGGCGAGCAGGCGCGCUCCAGUGAGGAACGUAGGAUCAUCCACAGCGCGUUUCUGUCGAAAGACAGUGCAGGUGGGACCUCUUCGACGCUUUCUUCCUUUCUGAGCAUGACCACGGCCCCGCGCGUCUCCGAGCGACGAAGUUCCGCGUGCUCGACGAUUCCAGUCGGCGCCCUUGAAGGACGAAGAAGACGCCUCGCCUCCCCUCGAGAUUUCCCUCCCCCCACAUUCGAACGCAUUCUCUUUGGACUCCCCAGCGAAGGAGAAGAGCAGGGGGAAGGGGAAGAAGAAGAGACAGAGAAGGAGUCAGAAGGCGAGGAGGAAGAGAACGAUGAAGACCGAGCGCGGGAGGCGCGGGAGGGAGAAGCGCAGGAGGCACGAGAACGGAGCAGACGAGAGGAGGCACGGCGCAGCGCGGGUUUGCGGGGUCGGAGCGGGAAAGCUCAGCGCGACGACGAGAGGGCGAAGCUGGGCAGGCAGCGGGAGAAGACGAGCGAGCGCGUUGAGCGGCGGAAGGCUGAGUCGGCGGAGGAGACGGCUGAGGCCGGCAACUCGUUGGUUGUCCCCGCUCUGUCAAUUCUCCCAGCGUUCUUCUCGGCGAUCCUGGCGAGCUCGGACGACGCGAACGGCGCGCCUAUCGCGUGGGACGAUGCGGCAGACACUGAGGAAACGCCGCGGGAGAAGGCGACAGGCAGCAAGGAGAGAAGCGGCCAGGCGAAGGGGGGAGCUUUCUGCCAGGCCCCGCAGAAGCCUCCGAGCGUUUCGAGCUCAGCAUCUCCGGACGCGAAAGCCCGCGCACGUCGAAGGAAGCAAGAACGCUCCUCGCGUGCGCGUAGUCGCGGUGCCGAUCUCUCGGGGGUUCAUCGCCCGCUCAACCUGCGGCAUCUGCGAGAUCUUCCGUCGCAUGCUUCCCUCUCUCCAGAAGAAAAGUUCCGGGACCUCGUGCAGAGACCGCGGGCUCGGCGCUCGGCUCCAUCUCGCGACGAUGUGGAAUCGGCGAGCGACUGCGCGUUCGAGAAACACGUCUCUUGCUCGUCUUGGAGACGCAGCCUCCGCAGAGAAGACGCGGCGCUCGUCUCGUCGCAGACUCGAUGUGGACCGGCCUGCCAGGGGUGGGCGCGAGAAGAGCGCGAGGGCGGGGCCGGCCGCUUCUCCGCUGCGAGGCGGCUACGAACGCGAAAGAGUUGCCUUUCUCUCUCCGAGGAAGGGGAGUCUGGAAGCUGGGGCCGUUGCGCGAGGCGGGAGAAAGAGGCGAAAAGAACCGGUCGCCGCCGGGACACACGUGGGAGGCAGGCCGCCAGCGCGCGGCGCAUGCGCCGCCGGCGCGAGGAGGGGCUUUCCCGCUACGACUCCUUGCCCUCGCGAGUCGCCUUCCAGAGUCCCUACACCGGAAGGGAGGCAGAGGAUGGACGUGGAAAGGCGUUCGCGGGACCGAGGAGAGUGUGGAGAAGAAGGGAGAGUGAGCGAGAAGAACGGGAAGACUGGUUUCGCGAAAUGCGCGUGAGACGAAGAGAACUCAGGGGCCAGGAAAUGGCUUUCGGCCCGCUCAUGGGCAGAUCCCGGGCGUUCUCGAGGCACACGAGGUUCUCUGCAUCCGAGGUUGACGCCUCAGACGCGUCUUGGAUUGAGCGACGGGGCAAAUGGAGAGAAGACAGUCUCCCUGCGUCGCCUCGAGAGGCCUUCCUAAGCGAGCGAAGGCGGCUGCGACCCCCCGUGAAGUCCCGCACGAAGGAAGCGUGGGCGAGACACGCGAUGCAUGCAGAGCGUUUCGCGAGGCCGACGCGCCCUCCUUCCCCAUCGGAAGUUUCCCUCUCGUCUUCUUGCUCGCUGGCGGCAUCGCAGUUCGCUUCGUCGUCUGAUUUUGUGUCAGACUUCGAAGAGCAGGCGAGAGGAAGGACCUUUGCCUGCAGAAGAGACACAUCGGCGAAGCGCGAGCGUUCGCGGUCUUCCGACUAUCUCCCUCCACAUUCGCUGUACAUACCGCCGCUGCGGCCAUUUCCCUCUGAGACCCAGAAUGGCCCCGAAGCGCGUCUCUCGAGAGUCGACAGCCUCAGACUCCCCGACUCCUUUCGCAGCGCUGUUCCACGAGGAAAAUUCGCUGCGUGCAGUGACGACGAAGACGACGGCGCUCGAUCUGUCCGGAAGGACCGGGACCACCUUGCGUCUCUCUUUGAACUUCCAUUCGCGUCCUCUCCGGCCCGCCGACGUCUCCAGAACAUCAUCAAUCGCCGCGCGCUUUUCAAGCUCUGCGACGAGCCGACCGGGUCUUCGCAAGAGAAAGACGCUCCUCGCCUUGGUUCAGCGGUGUCUACGCCUCGUUCGGACGUCGGCGGACAGGACGCGGGGCUCCAUGCCCCUCCAGGAAAGACAAAGAAAAUAGAGGUUCCCCAAGUGCUCCUCGAGCAGCUCGAAGAUCCCAAGGCUCCUGAGCCGCAGGAAGAACCGUCGCGGGAUCACCGGCGGGAGAAGAAAGAGAAAAGGGCGAGGGAACAGUUCUCGGAUCAAACGCAAGAGUGGCAGAGACCGUCGAACGUGCCUCAGCUUCCCAUCGAGAAGGCGCUUCACGGCCAGGAAGAAAAACGGGUCUUGGGAAGGCGGUCGCGCGCUGCAUCUGUCGUAACCAAACCUGAGACCGGAGGCGACGCGGCAGAAGCGCGGGGAUCCAUAUCUGAAGAGAAACAGAGGGCUCCUCCUUCGCGGGAAGAAGGGAAGCCACGAAAAGAAAAGAAGGAAGAAAGAAAGGGAACACCUAAAGAGAGGAGCAUCACAGCCAAAAAGGCACCUCACGAACGGCACCGAAAGAAGAAACACCCAACAACUCACCGAUCGAGAAGAAAGGCUCACUGUUCCUCUCUGUCGCCUUCUUCUUCUCCCUCUUCUUCUUCCUCUUCUUCUUCCUCUUCUGUCUCGUCUUCGCCUUCUCCCUCGGCUCCGGUUCGCGGGAAGUCUACAAGGCACUUUGCGUCGCGAGGCGAAAGGCGUGGGAAGGCAGCCGGAAUCCGCCGCGUGUCUUCUUCUUCCACUGCUUCCUCGUCUUCUUCUCGCCUUUCGUCUCAUGAGCGGGGACGCCUGCAGAGCCGGCGAGCGCGGCGCGAGGCCAGGCAAGGAGACAAGGAGAGCCGUGGGAGGCGGCACAGCUCGCGCCUGUCGGAUCCAGAGCUUCCAAGCGAGGACGAGUUAGUCGGCGCAGUUCGUCGCCUUCUCGACCAAGUGACCGAUAGAAGGCGACGCGAACCCGAGUCGGAAUCGGCUGCUCCGUUCGAGCUGUCCAGUCUGCAUGCAGUUCGUGCGGCGUUGCGUCGUCGUCAACAAGACCUCGAAACCGAGAGACGCGAGCUGAGGGAGAUUUGCGAGGGAGCCCGCAACAGCCAGCGAGGCGCGAAGUGCCCGGGAAAAAACACGCGGAGAGACAAGGCAGAGGCAGGCGCGUCGUUCCGAGAAAGUCCUCUCUGCUCGGAGAGAGACGCCAGGAAAAAAGGUGCGCGCCUCAGCCAGAAGAACGCCCUCCUUUUCGUGAAAUUGAAGUCGCCCGGGAGAGACAAAUCCUCGAGUCGCGAAGGCCCCACAGAUGUCCCUCACAGCUGCAGGCUUCAGAAGAAACCGUCUUUCCCGCAUGCCCCGUUCGUCUCGACGCGGCUGCUAAGCGCGCUGGACGAGAGACACCCCAAGCCGGCCGAGAAGCGAGAAACGCCGAGGGUUUCUGGUCCCCAGAAACACCACGACGCGAGCUCCAGCGAUGAAGACAUCCCCAGUGCCUUCAACAUCGUUUGGCAAUAG